CUCAUUGUCUCCGACAGAUGAUAAUGACUAACACAAUACUUAAAUGCUGACGAUCGGAGUUCGCCAUUCAAAUCUCGACCGGCGCAGCGGCCGUACGACCGUGUCUCGAUUAAAAGUUAUGACCGAUUUCAAACCUCCAUUUAAUUAUUAAUUUUUAUUAUAUAAUCUCUUUGGUUAUGAAAACCUUAUUUACUGUUUAGUCUGUGAUGAUUCUAGACUCUAUGAGCUUGUGAUAGUGAAACAAAUAAUUGGAGGGAUUUUAAAUGUUAACCUAUUAUUAGAGAUGCCGUUCAUCGACAUAGCCUUUGCAGCAGAAAUCAGCCGGUACGAGGACGCAGAGUUUGAGGAUGUGGCUCGAAGGAACUGUGGGGAGGAUCCGGAGACCAGACACAAGGACAUCCAACACCUGCGGGAGAUGAUCAAAGAGAGAGGCGAGUGUAACCCCAGACGACUGGACGACGCCUACCUGCUGCGCUUCCUCAGGUGUCGGAGGUUCAUCCCGGCGCUAGCCCACAAAUUGAUGGUGCGAUACGAAGACUUCCGUCGCCAGAACUCGUUCUUAUACGAGUGCAGCGCGUUCGGCCUGGAGAGCGUCAGACACGUGUACGCAGGCACGUUGCCCGACAACCCUCUCAACGGUCGCAUCACUCUGAUGAGGUUCGGCCGCUGGGAAUCCGAGCUGGUGCCUAUCGAGGACGUGGUGCGCUGCGCUCUGCUGAUGGACGAGGUGGCAGCCAUGCAGCCCCGGCUGCAGGUCCUGGGCGUCACCAUCGUGGUGGACCUGGAGGGACUGGGCGUGCGACACGUCCGGCAUCUGACGCGGACCGUGGCCUCGCAGAUCGUGGCGCUCAUGGGGGUAUCGUUCCCAAUCAACAUUCACGCGGUACACGUAGUGCGGUACAACUGGUUCCUCAGCACGUUCUUCAAUCUGUUCCAGCAGUUCAUCCCGGAGGCUGCCUGGAAGCGACUCCACUUCCACGGCUACGACAUGGCGUCUCUCCACAAACACAUCAAACCAGAACAUCUCCCGCCAGAGUACGGCGGCAGCUGCCAGCACGUCAUAAGUAUCGAGGAGUGGAUUCGCAAAAUUAAUAAGUACAAAGACGAGUUUAUGGUGAAAGAGCUCAGAGCGCUCGGGUUUAAGGUUGAAGAUUAAUGUAUCCUGUAGUUUAUACUCUCCUGGUGUAAAUGGCUACAAUGUGACGUCACCGUACACCACUGUUCGAGAUCACAAAAUUAUUGACUUUAUUUAAUUUAUAGUGUUAUAAUAUAUUGUGACUUAUUAUGACAUUCAAACUACUCAAGAAACCGCUAAUUUAGAAAUGUUGAGCUCAGGAAGUAAGUCUUAGUUUUAUUCAAAUCUGUACUACAUAUUAUCAAAUACAUAUCAAUAUUGUUCAAAAAGUCUAGAUUAAUAAAUACCUUUUGGAAAAGAAUUAAUUCUCACGAAUAAUACAUACCAAAAUAUGAAUGAAUCUCUGCAAUGAUGGUAAUAUUAAUAUAUUUAAGUCAGUGCGUGUUCCGCGUGUACCGUAUUACCUCAGUCAGGUUAUUUCAACGAAUCAGUCUAGAGAGUGAAACUUAACUUGCAAAUAACAAGUAAUAAGUAGACCUCGAAAAUAUUAAAACUAUAAAUUGUUUAUUUUAUUCUAGCGUAAGUAGUUUUUGUGUUAUUAUUAUAAUUAAUAGUUAUGAUGAUUUGGUACAAAUUAAAAACGUACAUUAAUGAA